GAGUAACUAAUGCGGUGUCUGAUGAAUGGACGUCUAUUUAACUCGUUAACUAGUAAAAAUUGCCGUGCUUCUUAUUGCUUUGUGAUCUGGGUUCAGAUCGAGGGCAGUUGAUUCGCGGGGAUUUCUUCUUUUCUUCUUCUUUUCCUUUUUCCUUUUUAACCGGCAGCGAUUCGAUCAUGUCCACUCCGUCAAGACGAAGAUCAUCUCUUGUCACAACAGCCUGCGACCAAUGCUACCGUCUCAAAAUCCGUUGCGACACAGCUUCUCCACGGUGUGCCAGCUGUGAGAAACUACAGCAACAGUGUACAUAUUUACGCCCAGAUAAGCGGAAGGUGUCAAGAGUCGACGUGAGCGAGCUCCUCGAAAGGAUCCAAUUCCUCGAGAGAUUAUUGAGAGAGAACAACAUCCCAUUCCCGCCAGCUACAGCUUUCCAUUCGAGAUCUGGUCAGCAGGAUUUAACGACUGACAAGUUUGUGCCAUCGAGUUUCUCUUCUCCAGCUGCUCUCUCUUAUUCCACCUCGACGUCUCCAGCGGCUUUGGCAGUCGGUCCGAUCGAGGAAAGUGGAGACCGAGAGCGAGCUCUUAUCCAAGGGAUCGACCGAGGAAACAGCAAGGUCUCCGGUCUGGACACGGAGAUAGAGAUACUGGCAAAGCGAACAGGAUCCCUUCAGUUCACAGAGGAUGGCCAGUUGAAAUUCUUUGGCGCUACAUCGAAUGUACAUUUUUUGCGAACUGCCACCCCAUUCCAGCCCGAUAUUCAUCGAUGGUCCGACGCGGAUGACGUACCAGAGACUUGGCUCCAACGUGCGGGAGUUGGGGGCAUAGUCCCACGAGAGGUGGAAGACCACCUUAUCAAGCUCUAUUUUACCUGGGAGAAUCCAUACUCGAACGUCGUCCAUCAAGAUGCUUUCCUAGAUGCCCGCAAACAAGCGCUCUCAGGCUUUCCAGUUAAGAAUACCGUAAUUGCAUCCUACUAUUCAGAGCUAUUGGUGAAUGCCAUGUGUUCCUGGGGCGCUAUCUUCACGGAUCGGAAAUUCCCAGAACUUCCAGAGAGACUUCAUGACUUUUUUGUUGCUCGAGCAAGAGCACUCCUUGAACGUGAUAUUGACGACCCGACUAUCGCGACGGUCCAGGCUCUGACCAUCAUGAGUGGCAGCGAAGCGAGUCGAAGCAGAGAUUCCCGCGGUUGGCUAUACGAUGGUAUGGCCUCACGACUAGCGGUUCAUUUAGGGCUCCAUCUGGACGUGGAACCUUACGUGUUGUCAGGGGAAAUGACCCGCCAGGAAGCAAACGUCCGAAGCACUGCUUUUUGGGGAUCCUUCGUCAUCGACCUUGCGUGGAGUUAUUACCUCGGCCGACGCGUUAUGCCAGUCGCCCAUGUAAAUAGGAUCCCAGCGCGGACGCCGUCCCAAGAUAGAAAUGGCCCACCUCAUUACUGGGAGAAUUACACCGGAGAUUUGACAGAUACAGGGACAACCGUCCGAAGAUAUGUGAGCCCAUUGGCGUCUAUGUGGGACUACCAAUUGAAACUCUGCAAUAUCUUGGAAAGACUCCAGAAUACAUUCUAUGAUAAAAAGACCGGAUCAAUAUCUCAGCUUCGAAUGCACACCACUGCGAUCACGUGGUCUUUAGAGAAAUGGAUGGAAGAACUGCCGCAUGAGUUAAUGAUUGAUAUCGACAAUGAAUGCGCGGUCUAUCUUCCCCAUAUCCUCCUGCUGCAUGCCCAGUAUCAUGAGGCUAUGAUAUUUGCGAACCAUCCGUUCAUCACACUACCAGGUGCAGGUGCUGGUCAGUCACCAGAUUCUCGACGAAAGUAUGUCGAUGCGGCGCAGGCUAUUACUCGCAUAAUAGGCAUCUAUAAACGGCUAUGGUCGCUGCGUCGAAUUAACAUCCAGGGCAUACAUCACAUGUUCACUGCUGCUAUGGUACAUUUGUACCUUUCUUGCACAUCCGAGAGCUCCGAGGUACAUGCCCGUGCAGUUUCCGACCUCCAAACGUGCUGCGAUGCGCUGCAAGAGGCAUCCAAGUCACAUGAACUCGCUGCAUGGCAACUACGAUCCCUCGACCGUGUGUGCCAAGUGUGGUACGAUUGGCUGGAGAAGGAUGCACAGGCUACAGAGAAACAACCCGAGAAUGCGACUAACAGUCACGUCUCUUCGCCGGAGGGACCGGAACGCUGGGCCGUCAUAGAGUUAGUGAUACAGAAAGCGCUAGGCAAUAGAGACUUUAGCCCAGUCGAGGAAGACAAGAUGCCGUGGAUGGAUACAUGGAUGCAGAUGCAAGCUAUUUCGGGCGUAGAUCCGUUUUCCAUGGGAUAUGCAUGACUGAUGCUUCACUAAUGGCGUGUUUUCUUUUUUGAGUUGAUAGCGUUGAUUAUUGUUAUCAAGGAUUGGAGUUGGUAUAAAUAGGAGGUUGCUCUCAGAUUUACGAGCUUCAGUUAUGUUUAAACGCGACUUUUCUGACAGCGCUAGAGACUCUGUGCUAUCUUGGUUCCGAACC